AUGGGUCAUGGUUCUGUGUCUGACAUUUAUUCCAACAUUGAAUCUUCUUCUUAUACACCAAAGGGUAACCAAUUGCAAAGUAGCAUAUACAGAGAUUUCUCUUCAGUUGUUGUCAAGUAUGAGCUACCUGUAUCAACUGGGCCUUUGCAACCACCAAUGUCUUCAAAGACGCAUCGGUGGCGGAACUAUCUACAUCUCCGAGCUUGGUCCGAGUUCUUACAGUUCGACAUCAACAAUGCUGUUCAGAUUAGCCUCGUUGCAAAUGAUGGGAAACUCAAGUCGAACACGACGGCUACAAACACCAAGGAAGUUUACAACUUUGUCAAGACACUGAAGAAUGGCGAUUCGGAUCGUGUUCCCCUUGCAUCCUUUGAGAGAGGCGACUCUGAUACAACCAAGAUGGAACUUGAUGUAAUGGAUAUCACUGGUGAUGCGCCUACUAUUACGCAAAAUGAGGCCACCAUUUCAGCAUCUCCUCAGUCUUCCAAGAUUGUUCUUGUCGGCGAUCUACGAAAGACUGGAAAAGACCAGAUUGUCGCGCUUUUCGACAGUCAGGAUAAUCUCACCAUCAGCGUGAAUGAAUACGCCGCGAACGGCAUUACUAAAACUACUCAGAAACGGAUCCCACAGACACUAUCAGGCUUUCCUCUCAUUCACUAUCAAGAAAUUGGAAUGUUGCAGUACAUGGGACAAACAAGCAUUGGAACCGGAUUUGGAUGUGAGGGUGAUUGGGGUACUGGUAUCCUCACUUGGGGGGCUGAAAAGAAUGACUUUGUCGAUUUUGAAGCAUUCAAGCCUGAUCCUAGCGGCAGUGUUGGGAAGGGAACUUGGGGUAUGUCGGCUACUGAUACUGAGCGACCUCUUAUUAAGGGGUGGGAUGUUGAGGCUCGACCUGACUACAAGCCUUAA